ACCCCCGUCGAAGCUUCUACGCCGGGGAAGAGGAGAGAAGAAGAGGAGAAGAGACGAGACCCAACAACACCCCAGCCGACGCCAUUAAUAUCCUUCCCGCUAUAAUAACUCUUUGAUUUUUAUUUUUUUUAAAUUUCAAUUCAAUUCCAGCAAUUUCCCAGAAAAAUCCCUUUUUUUUUCCUCCUUCCCCAAUAAUUUUCUUGAGCAGCCCUGCCCUGCCCCCAAUAUUCUAUUGUCAAGGCCGGGGGGGUUAGUUGCCCGUAUUAAAUCUUGACAUUCUCAAUUUUUUCUCAGCGUUUGAAAUUUUCGUUAAUAAUAUAUUUAUUAAAAGGAAAAAAAAAACACAAAAAAGAAAGGGAGGAAAAAGAAAAAUGGGGUCUUUCAGAAGGAACCAAAACGUCUGGAAAGUCAAACUGGGAGUGCCUUGCCGGGUCUUCGUUCAAAGCGUCGGGUCUGGCCUGCUCCGUAUUAGGGAGGAGAUCAAAAUCAUCAUCAAAUAAAGGGGGAUGGUCCUUUCCUCCCACACCCUUCCUCUGUCUCUGAAAACUCCGAUUCUUUUUUCCAUUGGGUAAACGUCCUUGAGAGUUCUUUGUUUUGCUGCUGUUUGUUUACUACAGCUGGUCUGCAGCUUUGGAUCGGUUCUUGUUCUUCUUUGAUUUCGCCGCCCACCUCUUCAUCAUCCUCCUCUUCUUCUUGUUUUUUUUCUCUGUUAUUUUUCUUCAUUUCAUUUCUUCAUUUUAUUUGUUCAUUGAUUUGUUCAUUCAAGAGCUGAGAGAGAUUUCUAGCUUCUGGGUUUGGAGUCUUCUUCUGGGGAAGUGAAAGUGAAGUGGGUCUUCUUCCAUUUCCAAUAUUUUGUGUGACAUAUACAUAUUAUUUGCUGGGAAGUUAUCGGUUGAGGACUCACCUCAGAGCGAAAGUCUCCACCGUUUGGGUCUGCACUCUGUUCAGCUGCAUCAACUUGCAGGGGAAGGGCCAAGAACCUGGUCUUCCACUGCUGCUGAUAGCUCGUCAGUGAUUGUACAAUAAAGAGCCGAGAAUGGCUGGUGGAGGAAGACAUAGAAAACGGAAGCUGCAUUUCAGCAAGAUCUACUCGUUUCGAUGCGGGAAGGCUUCUUUCAAGGAGGACCACUCCCAAAUCGGGGGCCCGGGUUUCUCCCGGGUCGUGUACUGCAACGAGCCCGACUGCUUCGAGGCCGGGAUUAGGAAUUAUGCCACCAAUUACGUCCGGAGCACCAAGUACACGCUCGCGACUUUCUUGCCCAAGUCUCUGUUCGAGCAGUUCAGGAGAGUCGCCAAUUUCUACUUUCUCGUGACUGGUAUAUUGGCCUUCACUCCACUGUCUCCAUAUUCCGCUGUCAGUGCUAUCCUCCCGCUUAUCAUCGUCAUCGGGGCAACGAUGGUUAAGGAAGGUAUCGAGGAUUGGCGACGGAAGCAACAGGAUAUUGAGGUGAACAAUAGAAAAGUUCAAGUCCAUAAUGGAAACGGGGUGUUUGAUUGUACUGAAUGGAGAAACUUGAGAGUUGGAGACAUAGUAAAGGUAGAAAAGGAUGAAUUCUUCCCUGCAGACCUCGUCCUUCUCUCAUCAAGCUAUGAAGAUGCUGUAUGCUAUGUAGAGACCAUGAACCUCGAUGGUGAAACAAACUUAAAACUUAAGCAAGCCUUAGAGGUAACGUCACACUUGCACGAUGAUGGAAACUUCAGGGAUUUCAAAGCCAUCGUAAAAUGUGAGGACCCUAAUGCAAACUUGUACACUUUUGUUGGGAGCAUGGACUUUGAGGGGCAAGAACAGCCACUUUCUCCCCAGCAGCUCCUCCUCAGAGACUCAAAGCUGAGGAACACGGAUUAUGUAUAUGGGGCAGUCAUCUUCACUGGCCAGGACACAAAGGUGAGACAGAAUGCCACAGAUCCACCUUCAAAGCGGAGCAGAGUUGAGAGGAAGAUGGACAAGAUAAUUUAUAUCCUGUUCUUCAUCCUGUUCCUCAUCUCCUUCAUUGGGUCGAUUUUCUUUGGGGUGGAAACAAAAGAUGACCUGCAAAACGGGAAGAUGGAGCGGUGGUACCUUAGACCUGAUGAUUCAACCGUUUAUUUUGAUCCAGACCAAGCCGCACUGGCUGCAAUCUGCCACUUCCUUACAGCAGUUAUGCUCUACAGCUACUUUAUCCCCAUCUCGUUAUAUGUGUCCAUAGAGAUUGUUAAAGUUCUUCAGAGCACAUUCAUCAAUCAUGACAUUCACAUGUACUAUGAGGAGGCUGAUAAGCCUGCCCAUGCCCGAACCUCAAACUUGAAUGAGGAGCUAGGGCAGGUCGACACGAUUCUUUCUGAUAAGACUGGGACUCUCACCUGUAACUCCAUGGAGUUCAUUAAGUGUUCAAUUGGUGGGACUGCUUAUGGUCGGGGAAUAACUGAAGUUGAAAGGGCUACUGGACGAAUAAGGGGCUCUCCACUGCCUAGUCACAAACUUAAUGAAGCCAGCCUCAGUGAGAUUGUUACAGGUCCAAAAUCAUCAGUCAAGGGAUUUAAUUUUAGUGACGAGAGAAUUAUGUAUGGUAACUGGGUGAAGGAGGCUCAUGCUGAAGUCAUUCAGAGGUUCUUUCGCGUGCUUGCUCUGUGCCACACUGCAAUUCCUGAAGUGGAUGAGGAAACCGGGAAGGUCUCUUAUGAGGCAGAGUCACCCGAUGAAGCUGCUUUCGUGAUUGCUGCGAGAGAGGUUGGGUUUGAAUUUUACAAGAGGACCCAGACUAAUAUCUCGAUCCGUGAGUUGGAUCCUACCAUGGGAAAGAAAGUUGAAAGGGUGUAUCAGCUUCUAAACGUGAUAGAAUUCAACAGCACAAGAAAGCGAAUGUCAGUAAUUGUGAGAGACGAGGAAGGCAAGCUGCUUUUAUUGUGUAAGGGUGCUGACAGUGUAAUGUCUGAGAGACUCGCCAAGAAUGGUCGGGAGUUUGAGGAGGAGACGAUGGAGCAUGUGAAUGAGUAUGCUGAUGCCGGUUUGAGGACUUUAAUACUUGCCUAUCGUGAACUUAAAGAAGAAGAAUACAAAAGGUUCUGCGAGAAGUUCAACCAGGCUAAGAGUUCCGUGAGUGCCGAUCGGGAUGCUCUUAUGGAUGCAGUGACCGAGACGAUUGAGAACGACUUAAUCCUUCUCGGUGCUACUGCUGUUGAGGACAAACUGCAGAAUGGGGUUCCUGACUGCAUUGACAAGCUUGCCCAAGCUGGGAUUAAGAUAUGGGUUUUGACUGGGGACAAGAUGGAGACAGCGAUCAAUAUCGGGUUCGCCUGUAGUCUGCUGAGACAAGGAAUGAAGCAGAUCGUAAUUGGUUUGGAGACACCCGAAAUUCAGUCAUUGGAAAAGGCUGGAGACAAGACUUCAAUCAGAAAGGCAUCAAAGGAAAGUGUUAUUCGUCAGAUAACUGAAGGGAUGUUUCUCGUGAGCUCAUCCUCAGGAAGCUCUAAUGUGUUUGCUUUGAUCAUCGACGGGAAAUCACUAUCUUAUGCCUUAGAGGAUGAUGUGAAGAACAUGUUCCUGCAGCUCGCAAUGGGCUGUGCAUCUGUCAUCUGCUGCCGUUCUUCGCCUAAGCAGAAGGCACUGGUGACAAGAUUGGUAAAGGCUGGGACUGGGAAGACGACACUAGCAAUUGGUGAUGGGGCUAAUGAUGUUGGGAUGCUUCAAGAAGCAGACAUUGGCAUCGGGAUUAGCGGGGUUGAAGGAAUGCAGGCUGUCAUGUCUAGUGACAUUGCAAUAGCUCAAUUCCGCUAUCUCGAGCGCUUGCUCCUUGUACACGGUCACUGGUGUUACAGAAGGAUCACUUCUAUGAUAUGCUACUUCUUCUACAAGAACAUCGUGUUCGGCUUCUCGCUCUUCUUAUACGAAAUCUACGCCUCUUUCUCGGCCCAACCAGCAUACAAUGAUUGGUUCCUGUCACUCUAUAACGUCUUCUUCACGUCGCUUCCAGCAGUUGCCUUGGGAGUCUUUGACCAGGAUGUGUCAGCAAGGUUUUGUCUCAAGUUCCCCAUCCUAUACCAGGAAGGCGUGCAGAACGUGCUCUUCAGCUGGUCCCGUAUCCUGAGCUGGAUGUUCAACGGAUUCUUAAGUGCAGUGAUCGUCUUCUUCUUCUGCACAAAGGCAGUUGAGCUCCAAGCAUUCAAUAGUGACGGAAAAGUUGUCGGCCUCGAAAUAUUAGGAGCCACACUGUACACGUGCAUAGUCUGGGUUGUGAAUCUCCAGAUGGCUCUCUCCGUUAGCUACUUCACUGUAAUACAACAUAUCUUUAUCUGGGGCUCAAUCGGAAUCUGGUACCUCUUCCUCGUCGUGUAUGGAGUCAUGUCACCGGCGUUUUCGACCACGGCCUACAAGGUCUUCGUUGAGGCCCUAGCCCCGGCGCCUUCCUACUGGCUCGUGACCUUGUUCGUGAUGAUCUCAGCACUAAUCCCUUACUUCGCCUACUCAGCAAUCCAGAUGAGGUUCUUCCCAAUGUACCACGGGAUGAUACAGUGGAUCAGGCACGAAGGCCAGUCAGAUGACAUUGCGUACUGUGAUAUGGUCCGCCAGAGAUCCCUGCGGCCCACCACAGUUGGCCACUCAGCCCGUCUGGCGGCGAAACGUGCUGCAAGGAAGAAACACAGCCAGGAGAGGAAUGAUCAUUACGGAUGACGCUAUAGAUCGGGAAUUCAUUCAUUGUAGAUGAUUAGCGAGUACUGUAGAAUAAUACGGGGCUCGUGGGAUGAUAAAGAAAAUCGAAACAAAGAACUGUGCAGGGAUGUUUAUACAGAUUGGAGGAGUGUAGAUCUUUAGUUACCUUAGGAAGAGUGAAAUUUUUUUCCCCCCUUGGGAUGUAGUACAGAGGUGAGAAAAUUCAUUGUGAAAUCGGAAAAUGUACAGUUUUCUCAUGUACCAUUUCCAGCUCAUUCUCAAUAAUAUAUGUAGACAUUUUACGUGGAAAAUUUGAUCCCCGAUUUGAG